UAUUUACCGGCGGUUUUUCUGUAAAAUAUUAGGGACGAUUACAAUUUUACCAUUUACUAAGUGAAAUGGAGACCCCAUAAUUAGAAAACCCGUAUUUUUUGUGGAUUGUUUGUGCAGUUUUACUAAGUAUGGAUAACAAAAAAUAAUUACUCAAUGGAGGAAGAUUUACUUGAUGAAAAUGCGAUUUCACCUCAAGAUGAAGCGGAAAAAACCUCGAAACCACCCGAAGACACGGUCGAAGAAUGGGCCCCGUGGCGACUCGUGGUGUCCAUUAAGAACCCCCACGCACCCCCGCCUGUUGCCGUGAGGUCCCCUCCCGAUGGACACGCCUGGGACAUUGCUCAGGUUCUAAAAGCAGCCUAUCUCCUUUCAAAACCACCCAAGAAGGUAAACUUCGCUGACGAACAGCAAAUGCGAUGCGUCUACUCUCUCAUCUACGACGUUUUCCGAUACAAGUCCAUACUAGAACAAGCAAUAGAGGACAUCGACUUUUUCGGGGACUUCCCAGAGUACGCCGUCAACCGCCACACAGUCUGGCUUUUCCUCAUGGAGCUAACCCGCCGCCGCUGGGGCGCGAGGCCACGAGGCGAGGCCGAACGCGCGGCGAAGCUGUUGAAAGAAGCAGGGUCUCCAUUCCAGGACAUCGAGAAUACUGUCUGGGAGCAAAGGGUUCACUUUGCUGCCGCUAUAGCCAGGAUACGAAUUAAGAAUAGGGCUUUCUCAUUAAGCGAACUUCUGCCACCACAUCUGAGGGAUGAACCUUUGGCGACGUGUGUCAACAAAGAAUCUGUUACUGGAUGGGUCAAUACUUUUAAAGCCACGAAAGUAGCGAAUCUUGUGAUGAAGCUGCACGAACUGGGUUACUCAUACAGUGGAUCACGACAGCUGUGUGCGGGAGAGUACAGAUUCGACCGCGUGUGCCCAAGGUUCAUCACGCUGCGGCCUCCAGCUGAUAAAACCAUUGGGCAGCUGGACCUCGUCAAAGAUGGAAUCAUCGUGUUGCAGGAGCGCGAAUUCUGUGAAGGCGCAUCAACCCUCUGCCGAGCGCUGCGAGCAAACAGCCUCCGCGGCGUAGUGGCCCAGACUCACGCUUCCUCCCCUCGCUGCUCGGCGUACUUGGCUGCUCAGUUGAGGGAGUUGGGUGCCGUGCUGAAGGCCAGCGCACCAGCAGCGCCAGCAACACCACAACUUGGGAAACUCGUGGUCUUCGGGGCGGGAGACAAGGUAUCCAGCUACGUUGGCGCCCUCCGAGAGCUCGGCAUCGAGGCCUCCGAAGCCCCCCAAUCCAGCGCCCCCGUCUGCGUGAUCAGUGAGGCUGUAUACUGCGACACGCCAGUGGUGACCAGCGCGCUGGAUGGCGUGGUAGCUGUGCUGGCUACACCGCCUAACUCUUACUCUGCUGUAACUGACCCUAUCGAUCUUGUCUGUGGGAGGGGAGGAGACUUGGCCAUGCUUGAGAUAUUAACAGAAUCCGAAAUGGACGCUAAAGGCAGAGAAAGAGUUCAAUCUAUACUGGAGGAGCAGAAGAAAACCCUCAAGACACUAUUAUCAAAGCCCCAGAUCCAGUUAAUCCUGUACGAAACCCACUCCGCUCUCGAGGCCGAAAACCAAGCUCAAGUCACACGCGCCGUAGCCGAGGCCAACCGCCUCGCCCGCGAGAGGCAUGUACUACUUAAGAAGAAGCAUAAAGACCACCAUGGUUCUAGUUCCAAGAAAGACGUCACCGACGUGGCAAGCACGGAAUCAUCUUCGUCCCUUGAUAACACGCUGUCGCAAGUGGGCUUUGAUAGAGAUUACUCUAUAGCUAGCCAGUCGAGACCAGCUUCCGCGUGUACUAACAGUUCCAGACCGCCAACAGCCAGCGUUCUGAAGAAGCAAGCUGAGCGAUCGCAGCAGAAUUCGCGUCCGGGCACCACCAGCAAAGUCCGGCCCAUACCCGAGGCUCCUGUAGUGAACGCACCGCGAGACCCUGACGAGGACAUCCCGGAUGUAUAUGUGCCAAACUGCGACUUGUUUGAAAUCCAGACGCUGCCGAAUCUUGGAAACGGUUUAGAUAUCAACUACAUUUUAGACAGGGAUGGAUGUUACCUCGGUCUCAUCCAGAGGAAGGAGAUCACCCGGCUAGACGCGAAGUACAUGAUUCAAGUGGCGGAGGAGCGCGGGCUGUUCGGCGCGGGCGCGCCGGCGCCGGCGCCGCAGCGGCGCAAGAAGGAAGCCAGCGCGCCGAAGCGGCGCCGCAAUAACAAGGGAACCUUCGAGGUGGAGCGCAUAGCCGCGCCGACGUACGCGUCUCUCUCGCGUUCGUCGCGGCGGAACAGCGCGCCGGUGCCGGCGCCCCCGUCGGCGGAGGCGUCGGGCCCGCGGCUGGCGGCGCUGGCGCCCGAGCCCGAGCUGCCGCGCGUGUGCUCGCGCCACGAGCGCCGCCAGGCCGCCGCCGGCUCCGUGCACUGCGCCUGCGACGCGAGGCACAGGUUAUACUCCCACCACCGACCGCGGCGCAUGUCGGCGGACGCGGCGUCGCCGCCGCCGCCGCCGUGCCGGCGCCCGUUCCCGCUGGUGGUGCACGAGCUGCGCCUGAGCCGCUACUCCAAGGACUCGCUCGAGCCGCUGCCCCGCCGAGACCUGCCGCCGUGCCCUCUGCUCACGCACGACAAGUAUCACAACUUCUUGUCUCACGUUUGAUGAGUUGAAAAAGUAAAAAAAAAAAAACUCCAACUCUGGCCCCGUAGCCGAAUAGCAUUUCUACGACGCGAAAC